AUGCAAACUGUGGUUCACAGUUUAUCCUCCUUGGAGGAGGGUGUGACGUCAUCACCGUACCUAUUGCUUCCUAUGGAGGUUGUGGGAGAUGACGGUGUCGAUGGCAAAGUGGUAAAUUUAAACUACUACGACCCGAUGAAGAAGAAGACGGUGAAGGUUUGUAACCAGACGGUUCCUGAGAAGAUUUGUACAGAGUCUAGCAGCUACGUCGGUUCGUCGCGAGGCUGGGUUGCUAGUAUGAACAGAAAAGAUAUGACCGUACAUGUCACAAACCUGUUCGAUCCAACGGUGCCAAAGUCAUCGCGAAGAGUUAUCUCGCUACCCCCCCCCCCCUUUGACCCUAUCAGCUCGGACUCUCAUCGUCCAUUUAACCCUCGGUGUCCGUUCGGUUACGGCGCAUCUCUCUCCUCUUGUCCUGACCGAUCACAAGACUCAGACUCAUCCGUCACGUUGGCCCUCAAGUGGAGGGACUCCAUCUCUUUCUGCAAUCUGGGCAGUGAAUCGAAAUGGACUCACUUGCAGCAUUCUCUCCCUGUCGAAUUCCACAACUCCCGUGUCUUUUUCUCCGACAAAGAUUCAACCUUUUAUCUCACUCACAACAUUCCUUUAGUCCCUGUCCGCCACCCAUCUCCCCAGUUCCUUCAACUGACUUAUUACCCACCACUAGCUUCUUCUCUUUGUCUCCCUCACAUCUCAAACACCGAGUACGAGCUUUUGAGAUGGUGUUGGCCUUUCAACCAAAUGGUCCAGACUCCCUCUGGCGACUUGCUAGUAGUUAUUUGGUUUACCCAGGUAAAGCGUGAUGGGAACCCCAUACCGUACUGGGAAAAGUACAAGAAGAAGGAGGAGGGCCAUGUCGUGGAUAGUACCAAGCGGUUCAUUGUACUCAAAGUAGACUCGGACAAUGGCUGCAACUCGUACACGGAAGACAUAGGAGACCUCUGCAUUUUCUUCGGUCAGAACGAGCUCUUUUGCGUCAAUGCCACCGAUUACCCUGGACUCGAACCGAACUCCAUAUACUUCGUCGAAUGCGACGACACUGGUUGCAUUUGCAUCUUCGAUCUCGCUACUCAGACUUCCACCGAGCUCGCCAAACUCGACAAUCUCACUACUCCUCCUUAUUGGCUUGAUCCGACCCUUGUAUGA